ACUGCUUCAUUCUGGAAGACGCUGGAUUGAGGGACAGAGGGGGAAGACACAUACCACAAAGUGAAGCUGAGGUGCACAUCUGGGCUCUCCAUUUGUAAGUGUACAUCACUGGAAUUGCUUCAGCUAUGGGUUUCACCCAUAUCUCACUGCUGCCUGUCCUUGCCAAGCUGUGUUGAAGCUUUCCAAGGAUUAUCCUUUUAGAUCCUUAGAGCUACAGAGGGCCCAGCACCCUGGAGAAACCCAUGCAGGCUCGGAAGAAAUACAUUUUGAUAGCCUUCUGCGCCUCGUGGCUCCUGGUGUUCUACUUCGGGGGGGUUCAGAUCCGACUCUUGAAGCUUCUGUCCCGCAAGAAGAAUGAGGAGACCAGACCAUGGCCACUGUGGGUGGACAGACAUCUCCUCUUGGGCUACGCUGACCUGGAGGACCUCCAGAACGACAGUGACCCCCAUCAGGGCUCUCCCCGAUCCAGGAGGGAGACCUGGCCGACCAUCUACAAGAACAGCCGCUGUCGAAUGGAGACCUGCUUUGACUUCUCCAUUUGCGAGACUCAUGGCUUCAAAGUCUACAUCUAUCCUCCAGAGAAAGGGGACCGGGUAUCAGAAAGCUACCAGAAAAUCAUUACCUCUAUAGUGGAAUCUAGGUACUACACUGCAAAUCCACAGGAGGCCUGCUUAUUUGUCUUGAAUAUUGACACAUUGGAUAGAGACCAGCUUUCAGCCCAGUAUGUUCCCAACGUCAACGAGAGGAUCAGAGGAUACCACCUCUGGAAGGAUGGGCGCAAUCAUCUCAUAUUUAACUUGUACUCGGGCACUUGGCCCAACUAUACAGAGGACUUAGGCUUUGACAUUGGCCAGGCAAUUCUUGCCAAGGCCAGCUUCUAUGUGGAGCACUUCAGGCCCGGGUUUGAUGUGUCCAUACCCUUGUUUUCCAAAGAACAUCCCCAGAAAGGUGGGGAGAGAGGCUGGCUGGUCCGCAAUAAUGUCCCCCCACGUCGUAAGUACCUUCUGAUGUUCAAAGGCAAGAGAUACUUGACUGGAAUAGGCUCUGACACCAGGAAUGCCUUACAUCACAUCCACAAUGGGAAAGAUAUCAUCUCACUCACCACCUGCAAGCAUGGUAAAGACUGGGAAAAACACAAGGAUUCACGUUGUGACAGAGACAACCAGGAAUAUGAGAGGUAUGACUACCAGGAACUGCUGCACAACUCCACCUUCUGUCUGGUGCCCCGGGGACGUCGGCUUGGGUCAUUUCGCUUCCUGGAAUCUCUCCAAGCCGCCUGUAUCCCUGUGCUGCUCAGUAAUGGCUGGGAGCUGCCUUUCUCUGAUGUCAUCCAGUGGAGCCAAGCUGUCAUCGAAGGCGACGAGAGACUUUUGCUGCAGGUCCCCUCCACUGUCCGCUCCAUCAGUAACGACAAGAUCCUGGCAUUCCGACAGCGCACACAGAUGCUGUGGGAAGCCUACUUCUCCUCUGUUGACAAGAUCGUGCUGACCACGCUGGAGAUCAUAAAGGACCGCGUGUUCUCACACAUCUCUCGCAACAAGCUGAUGUGGAACGCCCUGCCUGGAGGUCUGCUGGUCCUACCGGAGUAUUCAACCCAUCUGGGACACUUCCCUUUCUACUACCCGAGCCAGGGUCUCAGUCCCGGGCAGGAAUUCACUGCUGUUAUCCACGCUGUCUCACCUUUGGUCUCACAGUCACAGCCAAUCAUGAAGCUCCUCCAAGUGGUGUCCAAGUCAAAGUACUGUUCACAGAUCAUUAUUCUGUGGAACUGUGAGAAGCCUCCACCGCCCAGGAGCAAGUGGCCCCAAACACCAGUGCCUCUGACCAUCGUGGAUGGGAAAAAGAAAGUUAGUAGUCACUUCCUGCCCCAUAGUGCCAUUGAGACAGAUGCCGUUUUGAGUCUCGAUGAAGAUGCUGUUCUGCUGACAAGUGAGGUAAACUUUGCCUUCCUGGUGUGGCGCAGCUUCCCAGAUCGGAUCGUGGGAUAUCCUCCUCGCAGUCACUUCUGGGACAGUAGCAAGCAGCUCUGGGGCUACACCUCCAAAUGGACCAAUGAGUACUCGAUUGUGCUGACUGGGGCAGCCUUCUACCACAGGUACUAUCACCACCUCUUCACACACUACCUCCCUGCCACUCUGCGCAACCUCAUUGACCAGACAGCCAACUGCGAGGACAUCCUGAUGAACUUCCUGGUGUCAGCUGUCACCAGGCUCCCACCAAUCAAGGUCACACAGAGGAAGCAGUACAAGGAGGUGCAGGGCCAACAGGGAAUGAAGAGCACACACUGGGCGAACCCUGAUCAUUUUUCCCAACGGCAGGACUGCAUCAACGCCUUCGCCCGCUGGUUCGGCUAUAUGCCCCUCACGCACUCGCAGUUCCGCCUGGACCCCGUUCUCUUCAAGGAUCAGGUCUCCGUGCUGCGCAAGAAGUACAAGGACCUCGAGCGCCCCUGAAGGACAGACUGGGGAGGAGGGAGCAGGCUGGCAGGGACUGCGCUGCCCACCUUCAGCAGCAACAAUGCCCAGCAGUGCACCCCCCUCGCCCCCAUCUCGCAACUCAGGGAUGGUCUCCAGAUUUUGGAUUUAAGAGAAGCAGCUGGAAGAGCCAUGGCUAGCCUCCCUUCCAUUCUUUUCUAGCACCUAGAGGCUGGGGAGAGAGAAACUGUGACAGAGACGCACUGCAGUUUGAUUCGGAGUCAUGUAGGUGGGCGCGUUUUUCACAAACUGGACAUGAGCUCUCUGUCUCCAAUGGGCUUAUAACCAAGCAUUAAUACUCUUUCUACAGAUUGACAAUAAAAAUACACUCUUCUGUAAGUAAGAUUGUAUGUAAAACUGAAUAAACAGAAUGAUGAUCUCAUAUAGGUUA